UUCAUAUGGUUGGUGGGAAGCGUUACGAUUAAUGAUCUUAUAUAGAAAUCGUAACUCCUCUUUUUUAAAACUCAAUAAUAAUCAAUUAGAGUGGCAGCUCAUCGCCAGACUCGGAGUCAGAGCUGACACUAUAGGAUAAUUCUGGGAUUUUAUUUCAAUUUCUGGGACCAUUUGAAGUGUUUGUUCUUUUGGAGGACUCUCUGUCCAAGAAAAAGUGGUGAUGUCGAUUUCUGAGAGUGGUGGGAUUGAUGGGAUGGUGGUUUCCGACAAUUGUUUUUCCAAGAAACGUGAAAAGAUAGUUAUUGAUACCGAUCCUGGAAUUGAUGAUAGCAUGGCGAUAUUAAUGGCAUUUCAGUCACCGGAAUUAGAGAUAUUAGGAUUAACAACAAUAUUUGGCAAUGUCACUACAGAAGAUGCCACACGCAAUGCAUUGCUUCUGUGUGAGAUUGCUGGAUGUCCUGAUGUUCCUGUGGCAGAGGGUAGUUCCGAACCAUUAAAGAGAGGACCACCACGUAUUGCCGACUUUGUUCAUGGUUCAAAUGGUCUUGGCAAUGUCAUUCUCCCUCCUCCCAAAUCCAAGAAAUCUGGGAAAUCCGCAUCUGAAUUUUUGGUCGAUAAAGUUUCUGAAUUUCCUGGUGAAGUUUCUAUACUUGCAUUGGGACCUCUAACAAAUCUCGCUCUGGCUAUAAAGAGAGACUCAUCCUUUGCAAGAAAGGUGAAAAGAGUGGUGAUACUUGGUGGAUCUUUCUUUGCUUUGGGAAAUGUCAAUCCUGCUGCUGAAGCAAAUAUCUAUGGCGACCCCGAAGCUGCAGAUAUUGUUUUCACUUCUGGGGCAAAUAUUGAUGUUGUCGGCAUAAACAUCACAACGCAAGUCCAAAUGACAGACUCGCACCUCAAUGAGCUAAGUCAGUCCAAGGGAAGACACGCGCAGUUGCUAUGUGAUAUGUGCAAAUUUUAUCGCGACUGGCACGUCAAAUCUGAUGGCGUCUACGGAAUCUUCCUUCACGACCCCGUCAGUUUUGUGGCGCUCAUCAGGCCGGAUCUUUUUACCUUCAAGAAGGGAGUCGUGAGGGUAGAGACGCAGGGCAUCUGCGUUGGGCAUACGCUAAUGGACCAAGGAUUAAAGAAAUGGAAUUCAAGCAACCCAUGGACAGGCUUUUCCCCAAUUUCAGUAGCAUGGACAGUUAAUGUGGAAGAAGUGCUGAACUAUAUCAAUGGAAUUCUAAAGACGCCCUGAUUUCUCAACAUGUAAACUGUGUAUUUAUCAUUGGACACACUCUGGAUUAGUUCCCUAUUGCUGACUGGAACAUGCAUCAGUUUAUGUUGCAUGUGUAGACUCAUUCUCAAGUAACUCUAUCAAAUAAGCUAAAUUCCGCAAAAUUGUAUUUUUGAUUCGGGGGUUUGUACUUUUUGUCCCGUACUUUACAGAGUUAACAUUUUUUAUUCAA